CGGAAGCACUGGGUCGGGGGCCCGCUCUUGCAGCCAGCCCCACCCACUCGCCGCCGCCCCACCCCUCCGGCCCAGAACGGAAAUGAGGUCAGAGAGGGAAACCCCGGCGGUGAGAAUCGGCCCAAAAAGCGGCGGCCGUUCGAGGUGGCUGCGGCAGCUGAUGUGGCCUCAUGGAUGAGCUGGUACACGACUUAGCAUCAGCCUUGGAGCAGACAUCUGAGCAGAAUAAGCUUGGUGAGCUGUGGGAGGAGAUGGCCCUGAGCCCCCGGCAGCAGAGGCGGCAGCUUCGGAAACGCCGAGGUCGGAAGCGUCGUUCUGACUUCACUCACCUGGCAGAGCAUACCUGCUGCUACAGCGAGGCCUCUGAGUCAAGUCUGGAUGAGGCCACUAAGGACUGUCGAGAAGUGGCUCCUGUGACCAAUUUUAGUGACUCUGAUGACACAAUGGUAGCCAAACGACACCCAGCUCUCAAUGCCAUUGUUAAGAGUAAGCAACAUUCUUGGCAUGAAUCUGACUCCUUUACUGAAAAUGCACCUUGUCGACCACUCAGACGCAGGCGGAAGGUGAAGCGAGUGACAUCAGAGGUGGCUGCUAGCCUUCAGCAGAAGCUGAAGGUGUCAGAUUGGAGCUAUGAGAGAGGCUGCAGGUUCAAGUCUGCCAAGAAGCAACGUCUGUCCCGCUGGAAGGAGAAUACUCCUUGGACCUCAUCAGGCCAUGGGUUGUGUGAAUCAGCAGAAAAUAGGACUUUCCUAAGCAAAACAGGAAGAAAAGAAAGGAUGGAGUGUGAAACAGAUGAACAAAAACAGGGCUCUGAUGAGAACAUGUCAGAAUGUGAAACCAGCAGUGUGUGUAGCAGCAGUGACACUGGGCUCUUUACCAAUGAUGAAGGGCGACAAGGUGAUGAUGAGCAGAGUGAUUGGUUCUAUGAAGGAGAAUGUGUCCCAGGAUUCACUGUCCCUAAUCUUCUGCCCAAGUGGGCUCCUGAUCAUUGCUCUGAAGUAGAAAGAAUGGAUUCUGGAUUGGAUAAAUUUUCAGAUUCCACAUUCCUUUUACCUUCUCGGCCAGCUCAAAGAGGGUACCAUGCUCGCUUGAAUCGUCUGCCUGGAGCUGCCGCUCGAUGCCUCAGAAAGGGGCGAAGAAGGCUGGUUGGGAAGGAGACCAGCAUAAACACUUUGGGUACUGAGAGGAUAAACCAUAUCACUAGUGACCCUCGGCAGAAAGAAAAGAAUAAAGCAUUGGCUUCUGAUUUUCCUCACAUUUCUGCUUGUACACAUGAGUUCAAUCCUCUGUCUCCCCUUUACUCCCUGGAUGUUCUUGCCGAUGCUUCUCACCGAAGGUGUUCACCAGCACACUGCUCUGCCAGACAGACAAAUGUACAUUGGGGACCACCAUGUUCACGUGACAUCAAGAGGAAGCGGAAACCAGCGGCCACAGCAUCUUUGUCUAGCCCCAGUGCAGUUCACAUGGAUGCAAUGGAGCCAGCUACACCAGCGCCACAAGCUCCGAAAUCACCCAGCUCUGAGUGGUUGGUCAGGACCCCUGCAGCAGAGAAAGCCACAGUCCCAACUACUGCUACAUUUUUUAAAAUGCCACAGGAAAAGAGCCCUGGAUACAGCUAGAGAGCAAGACUCCACCCUCCAGGAGUUGCUGAAGCAACUGUUGGACUUCGUGUUAGUCUUUCAUAUCUUAAUCGACAUUCCUAGUCCUUUCACCACCAGAACCAACUCCUUUUCAAAUGCAGCAGUGGACUCUUUCUCUCAGAAGAUCACGUUGUGGGAAUCUUUUUUUUAAUUAGUGAAGUAUUGAGGCAGCAAUUUUUUACAAAACGUCAUCCUCUGCUCUAUUUGUUACCUUGUUAUUGCUGUCUCAAUAUUUACUACAGCCCCAUUGACAGAGCUGUUGCUUUUUCGCAGUUGUCUUUGUUCUUGAAAAACCAGUUACUGCUUUUGCAUACCUUUUGUGUAGAGCUUUUAAUAUCAUUUGAGGAAGUUCCAAACUUGUAGCCAGUUCCAAACAAAUGUAACUAUGGAGUUGAGGCCUGUAUGGAAUUGUGUCUGUAGGAGAUAAGGCUUGCCUUUGAGCCUACUCUUGAUUCACACAGAGUGCCAAUAAGAUAAAUCAACCAGGCUCUCAGUUUGGAGCCUCAAAAGAGACACCAGCAACUGGGCCUUGAGAACUUCCAUUUUUCUGCAGAUGGUCUGCAGAAACUCAGACAGCUCAUCAGCAGCAGCAGCUGUAUUGUAUUUUACCUCAUCUUCAGAGUUUAUGUUCUACUGAAAGAGGAUGUGUGUAUACACACAUGUACACACACAGAGAUUGGUUUAAUGGAGAAGAUGAUUUAGGUGUACAGCACAUUUAAAAUAGGCAGUGGCUUGUGUCUUACUAUUUCAUGUCCCAGUGUAAGCCUUUAUGUCCUAAGCAGGACUUUAUUAGUAUUAUAGGUUAAUAACCUGCAGCAGAAACUCACACUCUAUUAUAAUAAUGGCUUCUUGGGGCCAUGCUUUGGGGAGGUAAAAUGUCUUUUUGACAGGCCUUUAUACGUGGUGUGUUUAUGAUGGCUCAGCUGCAUGUGGAGUUAUAUAUACAGUCGUGCCUGAAGUUGGAUGCUACUUUGUCAAAGUGAGAAAUAAGUGAUGGCCUGGAGCUGCUGGAGAGAAGCCAUGCUUUCUGAAGAGUAUUAUCAAGCGUGUCUGUCAUUCAUUCAGGGGCCUGGAUGACAGAAGGGCUCUUUUUUUAUACCAAUGAGUGCGUUUACUCUGAAAUGCAUGGAAGCUCUUUGCGAAGUGCUCCCUGCUCUGGUCACAUUGUAGAGGGAUUCCCACUCAUGUACCUGCUUAUUUUCUGUCUUAAAUAGUGCUGAAUGGGGCAGUGCCUCCUUCCCCUGAAGUGUGAUGUGUUGCUUUAUCAUGGUCCCUUUUAAAAUGAUAGUUCUUAUCAAUGGAAACUCCACAUUUCUUUAUUGAUGAAGUAGGGAGGUGGGUGGGAGGAACUAGUUGGAAAAAGGGACUUGAAGCUAAGUUUCCAUGGCACUUUAUGUAAGACUGAGAACAUGUCAAUUGUUCAUAAUCAGAAAUGUGGUAGAGGGAGGUGCAGGUAGAGAUGAUGGGGUGGGAGAGUGCUGAAGCCAGCCCAGCAUGCCUCUAAGUCGUCCCUGGUUCUCAUGCAGCAGUGUGCUUCCCUUCCCUGUGGGCCACACCCCACAGGGCAUAGAAAAUAGAAUGUCUGUUGAAUAUAAAAUGGUACCACUGAAUUGUUUUAGUGAUGAGGUUAGAUUUUAUUGUCAUGUGCAUUGUCACCAUAGUGACCUAUGGCAUAUAUUUUUAACAUACUUGGUUGGGGUUGAGAGAAAUGUAAGGACAUAAUUUUUUCUUGUGUCAGGCUCUGUGACUCCUGCAGCAAUUGGUCCCAUGGUCGCGGCUUAUUAGUGAAAACCUCCAGAGGUCAGGUGGCCAAGGUGUUCCCACAUAUUUUCUAUAUAACUUAUUGCCUAAUAAUCCUCUUUUCUGCCUAUGAUUAAAAAUAAUUUUUAUAUACAACAUUGCUUACAUUUCAAACAUCUCUACGAAGUCAUGCCAUUUUAAGAAGAUGAAAACAGUCACAGAGUUGAGUGACUUGUUCCAAAUCACAUAACUAAGCCAGGCCUAGAACCCCAGAUUUUUAGAGUUUCUCUGCCCUGGGUUAUAAUCUCUUGUUUAGCAGUGAUAGACCUGAUUCAGUCGGAGAUGCUUUUUAAUGAAACAGUAUACCAUGAAUAUUUAUUAUCUUUCUCAAGCAUGCUUUUCUACACAUUUUGAAUACUUUCAACAGGGAUCACCCAAGAAUGCAACAUCUACCUGUAAUAAAUGGGGAGAAAGUUAGUUGCCUGAGAGAAUAGAAUAUUAAGCACACAAAUACUUUCCAACACAGGGUUGUAAAUUGCACUCCUCAUUUUAAGGUGCUGUAUGUGCAUGUUUAAGGAAUUAUUAAUGUAUUCUGCUUGCUUUCUGUAUUAACCUGUUCCAGAGGAUAGCCUUAGAAUUGAGUGUAUUUUGAAUCUUAAAAUUUAAAGUUUCUUUAUAUGUGGCACAGUGUAUAAUGUCAUAAAUUAAGAAAAAUCUAUAAUCUUUCAAAGAAGUUAUAUAGUUUCAAAAAUCAGGUUUUGUAAUCUGUUGAAGAAACUCUGAAAUAUGACUUGCUUUUUUGAGGAUGAUGAUCCUUGAGCUCAUGUAUUUGAUCUGCUCAAAAGUAGUAACUAAAGCUGAGUUAAACAGUUUUUAUUUAUUUCAGGGUUCUGAUUUAUCCCAGCUGCCUAUACAAAUGGCCUGUGUGAAUCCUAAUCUUGUGUGUUUUCCACGAUGGGCAGAAGUCGAAACAUUAUCUGCUUCUGUAAGGAUCAUUAAUAAAAAAUUAGUUUUAAUUAUGAGUUUAAGGGAAGUUUAGGUUAUUUUUGAGAUGCCGUAUUUUAAAGGAACAAAACUCUCCUGUUGCCUUUUGUUGUGGUUUUUGUUUCCUAGAGAAAGGCUCUUGAUCUGUCACUCGGACUAGAGUACAGUGGUGUGUUCAUAGCUCACUCUAACCUUGAAUUCGUGGGCUUAAGCCAUCCUCCUGCCUCAGCCUCCUGAGUUGUGAGGACUACAGAUCUGUGCCUCCACACCUGGCUAAUUUUUCAAGUUUUUGUAGAGAUGGAGUCUUGCUCAGUUGCCUGUGCUGGUCUUGAAUUCCUAACCUCAAGCAAUCUUCCUGCCUUGGCCUCCCCAGGUGUUGUAAUAGGUGUGAGCCACCAUGCCCAGCCUUGUGUUGCCUCUUGGUAAGAACUAGUAAGAGGAAAUUAGUAGCUUGUUUACCUGGUUCCAGAUUUGGAGGGUGCUGAGUAUAAUUUUUACUGAGUGGUAUGUGGUUGGAAGGUAGGCCCACAUUUAGCUUUGAAUUGUUUAGAAAUCAAGUGUGAUUCAAAAUUUCAAAGGACAUUGUUUUGCUGGGCUUUGAAAUAGGCUACUAACAAGGCUAUUUUUGCAGCAAAAUGGCCAAAAUCUGAAAUAAAUCUAUUUAGUCUGUGAUGCUUGUAGCAUCGUUUGUUAAGUAAAACACGACACCUAGGACAAGUAACUAAAGUAGUUAGGACUUCCAAAUACAUUUGCUAUAGCCUUGAAUUUUUGCAUUUUGGAGUUAGAGACACUGUGGCUAUAUCUAUAUACCUAUAAUAUAGCCUGGGAAGUUCUGUUGCUGCAGAGUUAUCAUUAAAGUUAAUUGGAAUUGAAAAAGAUACAGAGUGUUGAGAGAAAGGAACUAGGCUGGUGCAGUCAUUGCUGAUGUGAUGGGUUCUCCACUUUGACUCCAGGCAAAGGCUCCUGGUGAUACAUGGUUCAUUUCAGGUCUUUGUUUUAUUUUGGCUUCAUUGCUGUGGUUCUAAGCCACACAGGUAUUUUCUUCCUGCAGAGAAUACUAUGUAAAAGUCUCAGCGUUAGAAGCUGUAUUCAGUGUCCUGUAUGUCUUAUGAACCUUAUCUGAGCUGAGCUGAGAGCAGAGUGGCUUACUCUAGCAGCUGUGGAUGCAGUCUAGUCGGAGGCAUGGCUUGGAGGAUGUCAUGGUUCAUGGGAUGGUUGGAGGGAUGGUAAAAGCAGUUAGCUCUUGUCAGCUGCUUCCUCUGCUAGUGCUUGAGCUGCCAAUUUUACCUGUCAGUAUUUCCUUAACUCCCACUCCUGUUGUGAAAGGUCACAGAGUAAUUGUCACUGGCAACAGUUUCUCCCCAUUAGAAGAAAACUGGUACAGAGGGAAAAGGUGAGGAACACAGUGAGUUCCAUCACUCAAAACUAAAUGCAAGUGGCACAGAGAUACUUUCUCCUAUGCUAACAUCUCCAAAAGAUGAACAUCAAAUGCCUAGAAAUAGCAGCAUCAAAAAGAAAGCAGAUGAGAAGUAUUGUUGGAGUAUGGACUACGAGGUUUUUAACAAGCCCAGCAAAAAAAACUUACGGCCCAAAGAAGAACUAUUUCUACCACUGCAAGUAGACAUCAUAAAUGCUUGGUAAAAUUGCCAGAUUUAGGGAAUAAAACAUUGUCAAGUAUUGAAGAAUGAGGCAUAUCCUGAAGACAUUCAGCAAAGAAGCAAGUUUGGCAAGGUGGAGAAGUGGAAAGCAGUGGGAAGAGAAAGGGAGAUACCCAGAGCAGGAAUUCUCCAAGUGUUGCCCCUAGGCUGGCACCAUCCAUACCAGACCUACUGAAUCAGAAACGCAGGGCAAGGCCCAGCCCCGCUCCUGGGGCUCUGGUGCAUACUCAGGUUUGAGAACCAUAGGCUUUGCCACAGCCAAAAUGUUUUAAUGGGCUGGUCUCUUCCUAAGUGCUGAGGUGCUCUCAUAUUCCCUCCAUAAGUUAAGAGAUGUUUUUUGUGGGCCGGGCGCAGUGGCUCACACCUGUAAUCCCAGCACUUUGGGAGGCCGAGGCGGGCAGAUCAUGAGGUCAGGAGAUUGAGACCAUUCUGGUCAACAUGGGUAAACCCCUGUCUCUACUAAAAAUGCAAAAAAUUAGCUGGGCAUGGUGGCGCGUGCCUGCAAUCCCAGCUACUCAGGAGGCUGAGGCAGGAGAAUUGCCUGAACCCAGGAGGCGGAGGUUGCAGUGAGCCGAGAUCACGCCAUUGCACUCCAGCCUGGGUAACGAGCGAAACUCCGUCUCAAAAAAAAGUUUUUUGUAUACUUCUUUGCAGAAACUGUUAAUGUCUUUAUUUCUGUUUUUUCCCCUACAAGCUCCUGAAAGAUCUCUUGGAAAAAUUGACAAAGGAUGCUAUCAAGGCUAUGUUUAUAUGGAUGGAAAUAACCUUUUGAAAAUGGGUAAAGCUUGGCUGUGGUGACUCAUGCCCAUAAUCCCAACACUUUGGGCAGCCAGGGCAGGAGGACCGCUUUAUUGCAGGAGUUGAAGACCAGCCUAGGCAACAUAGUGAGACCUUGUCUGCAAAAAAUUUUAAAAAUUAGCUGGGUGUGAUGGGCACAUGCCUGUGGACCCAGCUACUUGGGAGGCAGAGGCAGGAGGAUCACUCAAGCCCAGGAGGUUGAGGCUGCAGUGAGCCAUGAUCUGGCCACUGCACUCCAGCCUGGGUGACAGAGUGAGACCCUGUAUCAAAAAAUCAAUAAUAAGUAUGGAUAAAAAGAUAACAAUUGUUAGUCUAUGAAUGAUAGUCAUUUUUCACAAUUGAAAGUAAAAAUAUGAUUUGUGUAAGGUAUGAAUUUAUCAUAUUUGUUUAUUAGCUCUUAGUUUGAAGGGAAAGUAUCAUGUAUUUUUCAGCAUGAUAAUGAUGAAUCAUUUAAAAUAUGGCUCAUAAAAAUGAAAAAAAUACUGGCAGAAAAAAACCACCUUGGGUACAUAGAUGUGUAAUAAAUACCUGUUGAGUUAUUGGUAAUCUUUUGCUAAGACUGAGUCUCAGUACUUCAGAGCAUGUAAAAAUCAAUUUCCUGUGAUCCCACUUAAUCACACCCUGUUGUCUUUGUUUUAGAUUUCAGCCAGCGAUUCAGCAGGGGUUGGGGGCCAAUAGCAACUCAUGCUUUUUUUGUUGUUCGUGUCUGACUCAUGGAUUCAGCAUUUCAGAAUAUGGUACUCUAAUCUUAAGGCUUUGAAAAGAAAUUGUGGCCAUUUUUUCUUUAUAUUUUAUUUAACUGGUUGCUGAAACCUGGAAACCCAUGUUCUGUCUUUUCAGGGAAUAUGCAUAGCUAAAGAGUUCAUUGUGUCUACAGAGGUAUAGGAGUUCUCAUUUCCUCAGAUGCCCAUGUGUGUAGGCUGUUAAGCUUUCAUUUCAGUGUUUGCAAUCUAUUAAAACACCAUCCAAUUUUUCUUUUCCAUCUUGAAAACCAGUUAAAACUACCUCUGGCCAAAAAUGUUAUUGUUAUUGGAUAUUAUCAAGGUAUGAGACUAAAAAAGUUAGAAGGCUUUAAGAUAUAAAUGAUAUAAGUUAAUGUUUUCUUUCUCUAAAAGCUCUGACCCUUACUGACCCCUUAUUAAAAAUUUUUUUGAAAGGGGAAAGAAAAUAUCAGAGAACUUAAAAAUGGCCUUUGUGGCUUUGCCUCAAAAUCAACACAUUUCAUUAUGUAUAGAUGCUAUACCUUGCUUCCUCAAGCGGGCCAUGAAAAAAAAUCUCUUGACCAUGCAGACUGAUACCACCCCAAAAUCAUGGUAACGAUUUGAAUUGCUCUCCAUAUUGAUCUCAGUUAAAUUCCUGCCUGUUGUCAGCAGCUGUUGCAAACUGGCUGUUGUAAACCCUUUCUACCCGGACCUCUCUCCAGCUCCGCAGUUCAUCUCAGCCCCCACCACAUAACAGCCUCAGGCAGAACUUCCCACCUAGACACCCUCACACACACCCUUCCUCACCUUCUUGUCAGUGCCUGUCCUGCCCAAGACAAUCCCUUUUCCUGUGCCCUAUGCCCUCUCCCUUGAUAGAUGACUUGAUCUAGAUACAGCCUCACAUACAGCUUUGCAUUUAAAAAAGGUUCAAAGACUUCUGCUUCAAACAAAAAUACCUUUCCUUAGCCCUUUGAAAGCCUGACUACUACUAAAGUAUACUACUCUGUCCAUUGUGCAAUCCACCGAAGCAGUAGUUUUUAACCCUGCUACACAUCAGGAUCACCUGGGCAGCUUUAGUAAGUCCUAAUUCCUGGGUUGGCGCACUGGCUCGCACCUGUAAUCCUAGCACUUUGGGAGGGCAAGGUGGGCAGAUCACAAGGUCAAGAGAUCAAGACCAUCCUGGAGAACAUGGUGAAACCGGUCUCUGCUAAAAAUGAAAAAAGCUGGGUGUGGUGGCACGCACCUGUAGUCCCAGCUACUCUGGACGCUGAGACAGAAUUGCUUGAGCCCGGGAGGUGGAGGUUGCAGUGAGCUGAGAUUGUGCCAGUGCACUUCAGCCUGGUGGCAGAGCAAAACUCCAUCUCGGAAAAAAAAAAAAAAGAAAAGUCUAAUUCCUGGCCUGGACCUCAGACCAAUUACAUCAGCAUGGGAAAGUGGGGACAGGCUUCGGUCUUUAAAAAAAAGUGCAGCUGUGGCAGAGAACCUCUCUAAAACUCUAAAACUGCUACCCUUGUCACUGUUAAAACUGUUCUUGCUGGGUUCACCAGUGACUUCUGCCAAAAUUUAGCCCUUAGGUUGAUUUUUAUGAUACUGAUGCUAUCUAACCACUUUCUUUGGAAUGCUCCCCUUCCUGACCCGACUUUUCUGAUUUUUCUCCCACUACUUUGCUCUUUCUCAGUUCCUCUAGGUUGUUUGGUACGUCAGUCUAGCACAGACUGGAUGUCGGCCUCUGCCACCACCUCCGUUACUUCAGUGAACCCCUGUUUGCCAGUGAGUUCCUUUGCCAUACCACUUUAAUGCACUAAUACAAAAGCACAGGUUAGAGUGAAGCAUUCAUGUUCGUUAAUCACUGCAGGCUUCUGGGAAAGCGUACUCAAGGUCUUGAUCCUUCUCUCACCUCCCUUGUUCCUCCUCCAAGCCCAGUGAGGUAGGAGGAAUUGCUGUUGAGAUUAGUGAGAGUCUAAGGUGGAUCACUGCUGUCUAUUUAUGAAUUGCUGUUUAUGAAAAGAUGGCCUGGACCGUGGUCCCUCUUCAGCUUUCUCCUUUUCAGGGUCUUGGACUGGAAAGGAGGCCUGUGCCCAAAAGAGGCUCCUCUACCUAAUGCUGUCUUCAGCCUGUGGCUUUCUGCUGCUGAUAAGAUUUCAGUUUGGCUUCCUCAUCCCUUUUCGGCCUUGAGCUUCAUGUUGAUCUUUAUCAAAGAACUUUUUAUUGGGGCAUGAGCACUAGCCCAGUUAAUACAAUGAAACUUGAUUUCCCCGUCUGCUGUCAUCAUUGCAUGCUGCCCCUGGAACUGGAUAUAGAGUUCCACUUUCAUCAGAAGCAACCCUGUGUGUUCCUGACGUCUUUGAACCACUGGUUUCUGAUUCAAAAUAUGGGGUAGGUAGAUCUGAUUAGUAGUUAUAUGCCUGUGUCCUAGCCUUAGGAAGUCAGAAUGAGAUUUUCUGGAAAGCUGAGCUUCUAUUAGGGAUGAAUACAUUCCUCACACAUGGGAAGGUACUUCAGAUGCUGGACAGCCAAUAAGAAUAACAAAGGUCCACCAGAGCCAUUCCCCCAGUCACUGAUUCACUACACAUUUACUGAACACUGAUUAAGCCAAGUUCUCAAGGACCUCUUAGGGAAGAGGGUAACUGCCCUAAAGCAGGAUGCUCAUGAGCUCCUUAGAUACACUCUCCUUGAAACUAUUAGGCCCCUGUCCAGAGUCCCUAAUAACAAUAAUGGCAAAUAUUUACUUAGUGAUCUGCCAUUUGGAAAAAACAUCUCACUUAUUCAACAGAUCUAAGGUAGGUACUUUUAUCUCCAUUUAAAAACAAUGAAAGAUGCUUACGGUUAUAGACAAACUUGGUUAAGUCACAGAACUAUUAAGUGUCAGUCAAGAUUCAGAUUCAAGUCUGUUUGAUGCUAGAAUGUCUGUUCCCAACUAAUACCUCUGCCGCCUCUUUUUACAAACUGAAGUGUUGAGGGCAUGUAUGUACGUGUAAGUUGUGGGCCACUGGGCCCUGGGUCAGUGUCUGAUGAGACCUCUUUAUUGUUUCUCCUGGUGGGCUGUUUCUCUACCAGGCAACUGUGAAUGGGCUCAUCCCUUCUCUGUGCCUACAUCAUUGAACAGAGGUAGCCAGUUUCUGUGACAUCCUCUUAAAACAGCGGUUUUGUUCUUGAGAAUGACCAGCAAGAGAAAAGUCAGUGAAAUCUUGCAAACCUAUGGGAAUAAAAAGGUAUUGUCCCUUGUGUACCAAGGCACAACGGCUUCCUUAGCGAGGAGGAUAUAUGUUAAGAGAUGUUAAUGGUAGUGAUAUACUGUUUUCAACAUCUUGGUAAACAUUUCUUUGACUGUUAGCAAAAGCUGCCUUAGCAAUCUUGGCUUAUAGAAAUAUCCCUUCAUCUGUAGAUGUGUAUAGAACACAUUUUAUGCCACGCACUCUGCUAGGAGCUGGGUAUACAGAGAAGAAAGUCAUUCUUGCUCUCAUGAUGUCCAUGGUCCUCUCAGGAAGAGACAAGAAAAGCAUUACUAGGUAGAGUGAGAUAAGAAAGGGUAUUUUGGCAGCAAGGAGCAGGGCACUUUAACUCAAACUGGGCAGUGGAAGAAGUCAAAAAACACUGAAAGAAGUUCCGAAGAAUGAGCAGGAGUUAAGCAGAGUGGAGGAAGCCCUACAAGGGUAAGAGCAUGGUUUGUUCAGAGCACUGCAAGUGUUUUGGUGUGGUCCACAUGCAAAGCUUAUAGAGGAGCAGGGAGAGGAAGGCAGGAGACAGGAAGUGAAGGGUCCCAUGUACACUGGCUUACUUGUUGAGUUGGAGAGCUAUUACAGUAUUCCUCCUCUGCUAAGCUCAGCCUGCGUUCAUGGAAACCCUACUGCAACUGGCCCAUUAUGCAUACAAAGCUGGAACUGAGAUGUGAACAGGUUUGCAUUGCCUUGAUCAUCUUCCCUGGGAAAUACAGCUAGGCCCACGUGUUGGUAGGAGCUACUGACAUGUUAAAACUAGGUUAAACUGAAUUGGAAGUAACAAUUUAUUUGGAAUCAUGACUGACUGAUUCCAUUACAUGUUCUAGCAUGAUACCAGUUUGAGGUUAUUCCCCUUGAACCACCAACUUAGUAUGAGUUUAAUGCAUAAUGUGAUGGUCUUAGUUCCUUGUACUGUUUUUCAGUAACAAAGUUGUUCAACUACCAGUUAAGUUUUUUGGGCUUUCUCAGUAGUGAUAAUAAAUUUGUAUUGAUCUAUGUACACCUUUUGGACUGAACACCUUGGCAAUCUUCGAUAUUUUAAGCCUGCAGAAAGUGCCCAUGGGAUGAAACCCACCCACUGGCUCACAGUAAGUUCUGAUCCCAUGAUUUUGGUCUCAUUAAUACUGUGCUGUAAAUAAAAUGAGCUAAACCUUUUGAAACUGCAUAAAUAUGAAAUAAUUGUGUGUUUGGGGCCAACAUUUUUCCUAAACAGUCUCUGACUGACUGAUCAGCAUUUUAAAUUAGGUGAUGUAAUGUAGCUUUUGUACAUAGAAAUAAGAAACUGAUUUUUAUGUCCCAUUACUAAAAUAGUAUAGGGAGGACAUAAUCCUUUAUUUCUUCAUAAGUCAAUGUAUCUUCAUUCUCUACUAUGAGCAAUGAAAAGUAUACUAAUUUUUCAUUGCUCAUAGUAGAGAAUGAAGAUACAUUGACUUAUGAAGAAAUAAAGGAUUAUGGUGAUCAUAUGAAAAUGUGAUUAAAGAGAUUAUUACUAGAAGAAAAAUUCAGGCUGCUAAUUAUGAGAAAAAACAUGUAUAUACAACCAAACAAAUCACAAAAAUGAAGAAUUUCUAAAACCAUGGAAUAGGAAUAAAUAUACCUGUCAUAUUAAUAAAAGUAAACUUACCUGUAAAUAAAGGCCAAAAUGUCAGCCAACACUAAUUGCAUGUUAUAAGAUUCAGAAAGGUUGAGCAAAAGUAAACCAGGCAAACACAAACAAGAAAAUGAGUUGUAGUCUGCCUAUCAGGCAAGGUUGAACUUAGGGAGAAGAACUGAAAGAAAAAGAAAAACACUACAUAAUGCUAAAGGGUGUGACUCACGAGAUAUGAUGUUUCUAGAUAUCUGUGUACCGAAUAAUGGAAAACCAUUUAUGUAUUGGAAACCAUAGGAGACACAAGAAGAAACAGAACAUAAUGCUAAAGGGUGUGACUCACGAGAUAUGAUGUUUCUAGAUAUCUGUGUACCGAAUAAUGGAAAACCAUUUAUGUAUUGGAAACCAUAGGAGACACAAGAAGAAACAGAAAUACAAUGUUAGUUGGAUAUUUUAAUUCAAUUCUGUCAGUUCAUGACAGAUCAAGUAGAUGAAAAACCAGAACAUGGGAUGAUUUAAAUAAGAUACGGAAGAUCUAGUUGAUACAUCUCAGACUUUACCCUAAAAAUGGUAACUACACUUUAAAGUAUCCAUGAAACAUUUCCCCAUUUGAGUGUAUGUUAGAAUAUACAGAAAACAUAAGUUUCAGAACAGAGAAAAAAACAACAGAUGGCAUUUUCUGAUAAAAACGCAAUAAAUUAAAGCCAGAAAACACUACUCAUCUGCAAUCCAAAAUAUCUUUAAGCUCUUCAGCUAUUCUUGGGUUGAUUAGGAAAUGCAAAGCAUUGAAAAACAUUAUUUCAUAGCUAAAAUAUAAACUUAUUCCUCUGAGAUACAAAUAAAGCAGUGCUCUGAGGAAAAUUCAUAGCCCUAAUAUUUGUGUACUAAAAAAUAAGAUAAAUAUUAUAUAACUCAAAAUAUUAGGAAAUGGAAUAUUUUAAAAGCAGACUAAAAGAAUAAAAAGUUAGAAAAAUAGGGAAACCAAGCUAAUUUUAAAAAUAUGUAAUAAAAUAUAUAACAUUUUAGCUAACAUUAUGACAAGAAGGCAAACACAAAAUAAGAAUUACCAGAUACUGAAUAAAUAAAAGCCAUAAAACAUACUUUGCUCAACCCUAUGCAGACAAUUUAAAAUCUUGGACUAAAUGGAUAAUUUUCUAGGAAGCUAUAAUUUGCCAAAAAAUGACUUCAAAAGAAAGAAAUCUAAUAUAACAAUUGCCAUAGAAAAAAUGAAGUAAGUGCUAUUUCAAUUAGUGCGGCAGACUUAAAAGACCCUACCAAUGAAAACAAUGAAAUGCAUUUGGAAGAUUAACAAAAAACUUUUUUGUAAUACUAAUUUUUUGUUGUACUUUUUAAAGCAUGGAAUGGAAUUUAUUGUAAAGUCAUGUAUUUUAUAGAAUCCAAGCAACAGCCAAUCAGCCAGAGAUAAAGUGAGGCCAGCUCAGGGAAUGUGACCAGUGGUAAUUUUCCACUGGUGUUCCAUGUUAGUGUGACACAGAGCCCCCUCUCCACAUUCUCUGGGGCUCUUGAUCAAAAACCUUAAAAAAAAAAAUAGAUUAGACUUAACAAAAGCUGCAAAAAUAGAUUUCCUGUGUGCCCUUCUCUCAGUUUCUCCUAAUGUUAACUUACAUACCUGGUACAAUUAUUGAAACUAGAAAAUUAAUAUUGGUAUAAUUCUAUUAACUACAUACUUUAUUUGAAUCUUAGCAGUUUUCCCAGUAAUGUUGUUUUUCUGAUUCAGUAUUCAAUCAAGGAUGCUUAUGUACUUGGGUUUUUCUGGGUUUUCUAUUCUGUUGCACUGGUCUACUUGUGCAUGGUACCACACUCUUUUAAUUAUAGACUUUAUAGUAUGUUUUAAUGACUGGCAAGGCUAGUCCCCCUUAUAAUUUUUCAUAUUCAUUGUGCUCCUGGCUAUUCAUACAUGUUUGUUUUUCCCUAUGAACUUUAAUAUCAACUUGUCUAAAUUCAUUUUUGAAUUUAGGUAAUUAGAUAUUUUAUUGAUAUUAUAUGACAUUAACUGGUUUAGGGAGAACUAACAUCUUUAAAAUGUGAAGUCAUCCUAUCCAAGAACAGGGAUUGUAUUUCCGUUUAUUCAAGUCUACUUUUGUGUCUUUGCAGCAGUGUUUUAAAAUUAUUCUUGUAUAGGUUUUGUGCAUUUCUUGCUAAGCUUAUCCCUAAGUAUUUAUUUGCUAGUAAAUGAGAUUUCCUCUGCCAUUGUCUUCUAACUGGUUAUUGCUCUCUCUAUAAAAGCUACUGAUUUUGUAAGCUAAUGUGUCUUGCUACCUUACUGAAUUUUUUAAAAAAUUAAAGAACAGAAAUUUA